AUGCAGCCCGAUCAUGCUCGCAGACCUAUCUGGGUGUGUGAAAACGGGCGGAUCAUCUUCGAGACAUUUCAUCCGCAAGCCGCGCAAGUAGCCGACUUCCUUAUCGCAGUCUCAGAGCCAGUGAGCAGGCCGCAGAUCGUGCACGAGUACCAGAUCACGGCAUUGUCCUUAAAUGCUGCCAUUGCCAACGGGAUUGAUGUAGAGCAGAUCAUCAAGGUACUGCGGAAGCUGUCGAAGAAUGUUGUAGAUGAGAACUUCUUGGAGUUCAUCCGGGAGAAGGGCAAAUCCACAGGAAAGCUUCGACUUAUCCUCAGAGAUGGCAGGCACUUCUUGGAGUCGGAAGAUGCACCGCUUCUACGGCAUUUGUGCAGUAAUGCUGAUGUGGCCGCAUGCCUUGUUGAGGAACUGGCACAAGAAAGCCACGUGGUGGAGGUGGACUCCAUGAAAGUCGAAAAGUUGAAGCUGGCAGCUCAUCAACUGACCUUGCCCUUGCUUCAAGAGUACGAGUUUCGACGGGACCGGGAAGACACCAACCCUCAACUGGCGGCAGUCCUCAGGCCAACGGUGUAUCUCCGACCAUAUCAGCAGCGAGCACUCUCCAAAAUGUUUUCUGUGGACGAUGUCGCCAAGAGCGGCAUCGUGGUGCUUCCUUGCGGUGCUGGCAAGACACUCGUUGGCAUUGCCGCUUGCUGCCGUGUGGGCCGGCGAGCAUUGGUACUGACCACUACGGCCGUUGCCGUCGACCAGUGGCGGCGCCAGAUCCAGCUCUACACCAGCCUGCCUCCGGAAGAUGUCUACACCCUCACAGCGGAGCAGAAGCGUCCGAUCGAGGAUGCUGACCGCCGUGCCUGCAUUGUGAUAUCUACGUACAGCAUGCUGGGAUUCACUGGUCGCAGAGGGGGAGAUACACAGUUUAUACUGGAUCAGCUGCAGCAACUGGAGUGGGGUUUGCUGGUGGUCGACGAGGUGCAGGUCAUGCCAGCGCGAACCUUCAGAACCGUGGCGACCAUGAUCAAGUCCCACUGCUGCUUGGGGCUGACAGCUACAUUGGUGCGAGAGGACGACUUGAUCCAAGACUUGCACUGGCUCAUUGGACCGAAGCUGUACGAGGCCAACUGGCAACAGUUGCAGGACGAAGGGUACUUGGCUCGGGUCCGCUGCAUCGAAGUCUGGUGCGACAUGUCCACGGAAUUCUUCACUGAGUACUUGCAGGCUGCAGACAGCCCAGAUGUGCCAGGUUCCAUGCGCGCCACGCUGCAGAGAGCACUGUGGACCUGCAACCCUCACAAGCUGAAGACGUGCGAGUACCUGAUUCGAUUCCAUGAGCAGCGUGGAGACAAGAUCAUUGUCUUCAGCGACAACAUCUUUAUCUUGAAGGACUUUGCACGCCGUCUGGGGCGGUACUACAUCUGCGGUUCGGUGGACAUGCGCGAGCGGAUGCAGAUUCUCAGUGAGUUUCAGGAAAGCUCCGCCUGCAACACGAUCUUCCUGUCCAAGGUUGGCGACAAUGCCAUCGAUUUGCCCGUAGCUAAUGUGAUCGUGCAGAUCUCGUCACACUAUGGGUCGCGAAGGCAGGAGGCGCAGAGACUGGGCCGAAUCUUGCGUCCAAAGCCGCAGACAUCGAAUUCCUCGAGAGGCAAGUUCAAUGCCUACUUCUACUCCGUUGUCUCCCGGGAUACCCAGGAGCUGUACCAUGCUAAUCGCCGGCAGCAGUUUCUGGUCGAGCAGGGAUACAACUACCAG